AUGACUGAAGACCUGGUGUCCGAAGCCACGUCGUUCUUCAACAAAUGCGACCACAGUGAGCAUCCCGACGACGACGAGGAUCCCGACGACGAUGAGCAUCCCGACGACGACGAGGAUCCCGACGACGAUGAACAUCCCGACGACGAUGACGAUGAACAUCCCGACGACGAUGAACAUCCCGACGACGAUGAACAUCCCGACGAUGAUAAGCAGCCCCACGACGGUGAACAACCCCAUGACGGUGAGCAGCCUGCUGGCCUCAUGGAACUCGACGACGCGCUUUUUUAG